AUGGCAUCCCCGAUCCAGCUCCCCAUUAUCGACAUCUCGGAUCCCCUCAAUCCCGCCGUUGGGAAGGAUAUGCUCGAUGCCGCAAUCAAAUAUGGCUUUUUCUAUGUCCAUGGAAAGGGAAGUGACUUUUCGGCAGCUGAGGUUGAUUCUACCUUUGAUUUGUCCAAGAAAUUCUUUGCGCUGCCCAAUGAGGAGAAAGAAAAGUGCCGUAUUAGGACGGAUAAUCGAGGCUGGUCAGGAAUGCACUCCGAAAUUCUAGAUCCGGAGCAUCAAAGGAACCAACUAAACGAAGAAAAAAGGGCUCUCAAUUUCGGUGAAUUCAAGAAUGGAAAACUCCAACAACCACUUCCCCCAGCCCUUGAACCACACGAAGGUGAUAUCAAGCAUUUCACAAACCUGUGCAACAAAACUGCUGCACGUGUGAUGAGACUGCUCGCGCUUGGAUUGGAGAUCGAUCCCGAAUUCUUCGUAACCCGACACGACGCCUCUCGGGGCUCAACAGGCUGCAUCCUACGCUUCCUCUACUACCCUUCCAUCAACUCCCCGGCCUCGUCUAGCUACCAACACGACAUUGACGUCCGCGCAGGCGCCCAUUCAGACUACGGGACAAUCACACUCCUAUUCCAGCGUCCCGGACAGCCAGGUCUCGAAAUCCUCACCGCAGACGGCAGCUGGGCUCCCGUCCCCGUAUGGCCCGAAGCCGCAGCGGGGGGCAUCAAAGACGAUUUCCCACCUAUACUGAUUAAUAUAGGUGACAUGCUCAGUUUCUGGACAAACGGAUUACUCAAAUCGACUAUUCAUCGAGUCGUAUUCCCACUUGCGGAGCGUUCACCUGCAGGAACAGAAGCAGACACAAAACCGCAGGAUAGGUAUAGUGUUGUGUUUUUCUGUCAUCCGCUUAAUGAUUGUAAUCUUGUACCUCCUGUGCCGAGUCCAUUGGUUGCUGCGGCCGGUGUGGAAGCUAGUCGAGUUGGAUUUGGGGGUGGUGCUGGCUCGUUGAAGGAGAGAAGUUCGAUGACUGCGAAGGAGUAUUUGGAUUUGAGAUUGUCGGCGACGUAUGGGGAGCGUGAGAAGGUUUAG